AUGGUUGUCUCCAUCCAGUUAAUUGAUAGUUUCCAGCAGUCCGAGACCGGACGGAAGAGCCUCUGCCACCGGCUGACCUUCCAGUCCUGUGACAAGGCACUGAGCCGCCAGGAGGUGGCAGGGAUGCAGCUGCUCUUUCGGAAGGAGAAAAACCAACGCUUGCGGCGGGCGCCUGAGGGGAAAGGGAGCGGGACCCGCCUGGGGAAGGGGCGGGCGGGGGUCGGCACCGCCUUCGUGGGGAGCGUCUGCGGUCGCCUCGGGGCGGGGGUCGGCCACCGCCUUCAGGGGGUCUGUGAGCGCCGUGGGGAGGGCUGGGGCUCAGGCGCCGUCCCGGGGGAGGCGCGGUCAGCCAUCGCCGCAGGAGGUGCGGAGGUCCAGCGCCCGCCGAGAGCGGCCAGGAGCCCGGAGCAGCAGAGGGCACUUCGCACUCGUCCCUGCAGGGAGCACCGGAGCACCAAUUCGCAGCUGGUGGUGGAGCAGACAGAGGAGGCAUCCAUCGUGUGGCACUGCGAGGCAAGAGCGAGCGAGAAGAGGAGCGGAAGAAGCCCGGGAGACCGAAGUGGAGGAAAGAAGGGCACUCUGGGCAAAGGGACCUCGCUGUCACCGGGGUUGUGGUCACACAAGGGCGUUGCCAGCACCUAUGGUGCCCUGGCUGGCUUUGUGCUGGAGGAUGACCUCCCUGUAACCAGGGCUUGGGCCUUUGCAUUUGUUGGCCUUUUGCCAUGUUGCCCCAUGGUUAGGCUGCCUGGAGAGAGUGGCAACCCUGUAAGGAGGGUGAGAGCCACUGUCUCUGCACCUGGGGGGGAAGUAGAGCUCCUGAAGACGUGAUGUUGUGCUGCAGCCAGGACGGCCAGCCCAUAACUGGCGCAGGUCAGAGCCUCAGGCUCCAUGGGGCUUUUGAGCAUGCCAGGCCGAGGGGGACUGCCCUGUAAGCAGGGCUGUGCACAUCCCCUGCGCUCAACGGGAGGUGCUGGGAGGGACCCCCUGUAAGCAGGCAGGUGUCCCUGGCCCCAGCCUUUCAGAAGUGUGGGGCUAAGAUGAGUGGGGCUGGGCAUGUCCUGCCCUAGCUCUCUUUCUCUCUGCUCUGAGCCCUGGGAGCAGCUUGGGAGAAAGAGAACCACGGGGGAAGGUGGGAGGCUGGGGGGAAGGGGCCCCCUCUGGGGACUGGGGAUGUGCCUGCAAGCAGGGCCCAGGUCCUGCCUGGGCAGCCCUGGCACUGGGAAGCCUUUUUAUUUCCUUGAGCUGGGCCGCUGCCCUGGAAGCAGGGCUGGGGCCUCUGCUCUUUUGCCUCCCUCUGGGCCACUGGGCACCAUGGCGGUGAGAAGGGUGGGUGA